CGCUCGUUCUUUUCUCAGGCUGAGGCCGGGCGGAGCAGAAGCGCCUCUCCGGUCUGUCUUCGCGGGCUCCCCGCCUUCGCUCGUCCCCCUCCGCCGGCGCUGUGAACUAAAAAUAUGAGGACCAGAAAGCUGCUGUAUCCGGCAGAAAAAGUCUGGGUGGACAAGCACAGGUACGACGAGGCGGAGAGGCUCCAUUACGAGCGAGAAGCGACGCUGGCCGCCUCCGCCGCAGGGCCCUGCCAAGAGCUGGUGGCUGUGAACGGCUUCUGUCACGACGACCCUGCCGAGGAAGAGCCGAAAGGGGACCUGUGCAGAGCUGGGAGCGACAGGAAGCCCAAGAAGAGGAAGUGUUCGGCCCGAGCCGCCCCUCUGGGGCCCAGUGCCCUGACGGGGCUAUUAGCCGAGCGGGUGUGGUUUGACAAGCCUGCCUUUGAUCGGGCAGAAGCCACCUACUGGAAGAAGUUGACGGACACACUUCCGCAGGCGGUUUCCGAGACACCUCUGGCUGCCGGAGCGUCUGCCUUGGUGCCUUGGUCUGAAGCUGAGCCUCCAGGGGCCGGCCAGCCGAGAAGCAACCUCGCCAUUUUGCAGUGCUCCCACGGCAGUCUCAUCGCCUGUCACCACCUGAUCCAGGACGUCUGGGUCAACAAGGUCAACUUUGAUGAUGCUGAGAAAACAUUUGUUGAAACAGGCCAGCUGAUGGCUCCGCCGCAGGCCCUUCACCUCCCUGCGGCUCCCUGGCAGGGCAGCAAGGACCCUGCCGAACAGCAAACGCCGGACGAAGGCUACGGGACCGCCCUGCCUACCCCUUCGACACCAGCCUCAUCCACAGAGACUGAGGUUUGCACCGGCGUGUCGUUAGCCUCUCCUGACCUGCCUGCUGUUUUGAACCAGACUGUGAACGGCAAACCUCAGAUGGCCGGCUUGCAAGCCCUCGUUUCGGAAGUCUGGCUGGACAAGCCCAUCUACGAUGAUGCAGAGAGAAGCUUCUACGCAAACAUGUUCGAUGGGCACCCGCCCGGAAAGGUGAGGUUGCAGGAGCACGGGCAGCCGGAGCCCCUAAAGAGGACCCGCAAAGACAAAAAGAGCCGAAGUGCAGGGAGGAGGGGGAAUUCAGCCGCCUCCGUUACCGUCCCUCAAGAUGUUUCUCACGCGCCGUGUGCCUGGUACUUCAUGCACAAAGACAGCGAAUCUCUGUGGCUCAAUAAACCCAUGUAUGAUAGCGCUGAAGCACAGUUCUAUGCGGCCAAGGCCUCGAAACUGGCCAACGAGCAAGAGAAUGCAAGAAUGUCCGGAACCAUGCUCCCAAACCCGCCACCGUCCGAGGCCCGGCCUUCAAGCACACCAGAGUCUAACGCUAAAGACAUGGCCACCAACUUCCUCAUGCACGAGAAGAUCUGGUUUGAUAAGUUCAAGUACGACGAUGCCGAGAGGAGGUUCUUUGAACAGAUGAAUGGUCCGCUCUGCAGCCCUUCAUGCCCACAGGAGAACGGAGCCACCACGAUCCUCCGCGACAUUGCCAGAGCCAGGGAGAAUAUCCAGAAGUCACUGGCCGGACUCAAGACAGUUUUGCAAAACCCCCAGGAAGCCCCUCCUGCUCGUCGCAAGAAGCAGUCAGGCCGUGCGACUAGUGCUAACAGCACCUCCUCGGCAGGGCCGUCUGGAGACCAAAAUGAGCUGGUGGCCAGAAUUGCAGGACUGGAGGUGGAGAAUCUGAACCUCCGUAGCGUGGUUACGGACCUCCAGCUUGCCGUCUCCAGAUUGGAAACUCGCCUGAGCAUGCUGGAAAAGACAUCUACCUCUCAUCACCCUUCCCAGACACCCCCCACACAGGGUUCAUGGUUUCCUUUUGCCUCCUCGAAGCAUGUCACCCCCAUGAAGAAAGUGGAGCCCCUCCCUGCUCCUCCGAGGAAAGUGGAGCUGCUGCCGGCCGCUCUUCGCGACGCGAACUCGCGAUAACAGAAGUCUCUGCCGCCACGCCGAGGAGGAUCUAAUAUGACGAUAUCGCACCUUGUUACUGGCAGUGACGACGAGGAGGAAGACCAGGAGGCUGCCAGAGUUCGGGAAGAGCGGCUGCUGCAGUACUCGGAGAAGAAGUCCAAGAAGCCC